UGUUAGUGAAGGAGAGACUGUGCAGGAGAGAGAGAGAGAGAAGGAGCGCAAAGGGGAGAGAGAGAGAGGGUCAGAUUGGCAUAAAGCAAGGGAAGGAGGGAGGGACGCUGUGGAGGAGAGAGAAAGAGACGAGUCGGGUGGUAGUCACGGGAGUAGAGACUGCCAGAGGGACAAGGAGUCAUGAAAGGGGGGCAGGAUGGCCAGAAAGAGGGAAUGUGAGGGCCUCCUAGGGAGACAGGCUGGCAUUUGAAUGCUGUGAGGGAGGUAGCAAGCAUUUGAGCAGUGACAGCCACCGAUUGCAAGAGACAGAACCUCCACUUAAAGUCUCCAGCCCAUGAAGAAAGGCAGACAUCCUCUCCUAUUCAUUCACUUGCAGAGACAUCCCUCUGGUGCAUUCAUUCAGCGAGAGACAUCCCUCCAGCUGAGAAACACAGGAGACCUGCCAGCACUAAGGGAUGAAAGAAAUCUCUGAGAGACUCUAUGGGAUCCUGACAAUUCUUAUUUCACUUAGGGACAGGAGACACACAGAAAGUGAGAGAGUUCCAUGUCAUCACUGAGAGGCUGCCACCAUCCAAUUACAUGAAGAGCAGGAGAGCCCCAGCCACUGAGGCAGAACCAAGGGACCUCUAACAUUAGAGACAACUGGAGAACAGAGACAUCGCCAGCAUCCGUGACCGACACACAAUUGAGAGGUCCCCUGCCUCUGGCAGAACUGCAGACCUCCAGCUAUCGGCACAAACACCCCCAACCUUCCAGUGACAGAGCUGGGAGACCUGUCGUCCCUGGCAGAAUUUAUAAGACCCUCUUCUACUGACUGAUCAGAGAAUUAAGAGACCUCCUGGCAAAUGCAGAGUAACUCUCAAGGCUAUUUGCAAUAUAUAUAUCAGUGUUUUCAGGUCACUUAGCUUCAGUUUUUAUACCUUAUCUACCCAGUGCUAUGCAUAAUAUUGCUACUCUGAGGAUCUAAGAGACAUCCAGAGCAGGUCCAUUUAUUGCUGCCAAAAUACAAGACUUCCAACAACUUUGAGGUCUGUCCGGUGUGAGGCCAAUGGUGUUUCUCUGCUGAGACAAAGACGAGACAGCCGGUGACAUUGCCCAGUCUUUGUGCUGAAAGGAGAAAGCAAUCUGCAGGUAACAACAGACUAAGGGAUGUCCACAGAAGCCAGAACCUUCUAACAUUGGUGUCAUUACUCCCUUAACCUUGGGGGGAAAACCUAGGAUUUGGUGACCUGGAUUUUAGGACCCCUCGCGUAAUCUCCCCACCAAGUGGACACCGUGAUGAGCCUGCCCACCCAGUCUGAUGGGGUGAAAGGGCGAGAGCCAGCGCUGGAAAUCUUGAGCCGGGCACAAGGGCACGCACUGCCUGCUGCAGUGGAGGUCUCUCCUCUCCUUUCUGCGGCAGUACCCACUCCCAGCAGUCUAUCGCCUACUUCAGGAGAGCUGAGAGCGGAACCGAGGUCCGGCAGCGGCUCUGGGGGUAUCCUGGACCCAGUGGGUCGGGAACAACAGCUCCAGCAGCAGCUACUUCUCCUGAAACAACAGCAGCAACUCCAGAAGCAGCUUCUAUUUGCUGAGUUCCAAAAGCAGCACGAAAACCUGACAAGGCAACAUGAGGUCCAACUACAGAAACACCUUAAGCAACAGCAGGAGAUCAUGGCCGCUAAGAGACAGCAAGAGUUGGAACAGCAGAGAAAGCGUGAAAGGCAGAGGCAGGAAGAGGCUGAAAAACAGCGACUGGAGCAGCAGCUUCUGAUUCUGAGGAACAAGGAGAAGAGCAAAGAAAGUGCUAUUGCCAGCACAGAGGUGAAACUAAAGCUACAGGAAUUUUUGCUCAGUAAGUCCAAGGAGGUACCUGGAAAUGUGAACCAUUCCAUCCUACAGCACCCCAAGUGCUGGGGCACGCACCAUACCUCACUGGACCAUAGUUCCCCUCCUCAGUCUGGGUCACCAGCAACUCCCCCAUCCUAUAAGGUAUCCCUCCUUGCAACCUGCGAUGGACGUGAUGACUUUCCUCUCCGCAAAACUGCCUCGGAACCUAAUCUUAAGGUCCGAUCCCGAUUAAAGCAGAAAGUUGCAGAACGUCGGAGUAGUCCUCUGCUUCGAAGAAAGGAUGGAACUGUUAUCAGUGCUUUUAAGAAAAGAGCCAUUGAAAUCCAGGUGUCUUCGGUGUGCAAUAGUGCCCCAGGAUCUGGGCCGAGCUCGCCAAACAGCUCCAACAGUGCCAUAUGUGAGAAUGGACUGACUGGCAGCGUGCCUAAUAUUGCCAGCGAGAUGCUUCCUCAGCAGAGAGUUCUGGCUCUGGAAGGAGCGGGUGGACCUCUCGGGUUGUAUACUUCUCCAUCACUGCCCAACAUCUGCCUGCAGGGGAGCACCAGCAGCCUAACUGGUCAGUUUAGCCCCCAGGAAGGGGCAGAGCGUCAGAGUCUGCGCCCAGGUGGUCCCUUCAUUAACACCUCUCCACUGCCUGCCCUGGAUGGGGGUGAGAUAAGUACCCUGACGGCACCUUCUCUCCUACAGCAUGUUCUCUUACUAGAGCAGGCUAGACAGCAGAGCGCUCUCAUAACAGUCCCUCUUCAUGGUCAGUCCCCCUUAGUAGGGGGAGACCGAGUCUCUGGUUCCCUACGCUCUGUCACCAAAGGCACAAGGCAUCGUCCCCUAAGUCGUACACAGUCCUCUCCUCUCCCGCAAAGUCCUCAGGCGCUUCAACAACUGGUUCUGCAACACCAGCAUUACUUGGACCAGCAACACCUCAACAAGGCCAGUGAGGCCAUCCGCCAGCCACCUACCCACCCAGAAGAAACAGAAGAAGAGCUGACAGAGCAGGAUGGAGGUGAAAGGUGCCGUGCGAUUUUCACUCUUGAUGGGGGCACAGAAAGUGAAGAAACACAGGAGGAAGAUGGUGGAGAGGAAGACGAUGAAGACAGAGAAGACAGCAGGACCAAUGGUGUUGAGCAUGCACUGAAAAAGCUCUUCCCAGACGCCCUUCCUCUCUACCAGGGUUCACUCCCUCACACAGCUCUGAGUCGCACUCAGUCCUCCCCUGCGGCUCCUCUCUCAACCUGCAGUUUAGAACCACACCACAGAGUAAUCAGCACAACUGGUCUAGUCUAUGAUACCCUCAUGCUGAAACACCAGUGCACAUGUGGAGAUACCAACAAUCACCCAGAGCAUGCUGGGAGAAUCCAAAGUGUCUGGUCCCGCCUGCAGGAGACUGGCCUGCUGGGAAAAUGCCAGCGUGUCCGAGGCAGGAAGGCCACAUUGGAUGAGAUCCAAACCGUUCACACAGAGCAUCACACCUUGCUUUAUGGGACCAGCCCUCAGAGUCGCCACAAAUUGGAGAGCAAGAACAUUCUAGGGACUCUAUCCCAGAAGCUGUAUGCAGUCCUGCCCUGUGGAGGAAUUGGAGUGGACAGUGACACCGUGUGGAAUGAGCUGCACUCACCUCCGGCUGUUCGAACAGCAGUGGGGUCUCUAAUCGAAUUAGUCUAUAAAGUAGCUGCUGGAGAACUGAAGAAUGGUUUUGCAGUAAUCCGACCGCCUGGACAUCAUGCUGAAGAAUCUGUUGCCAUGGGCUUCUGUUUUUUUAACUCUGUGGCUAUAGCGGCCAAGUUGCUCCGUCAGAAGAUGAAUGUGGGACGAAUUCUGAUUGUGGACUGGGACAUUCAUCAUGGUAAUGGCACACAACAGGCCUUCUACAACGAUCCAAAUAUCCUCUAUAUUUCUCUCCACCGUUAUGAUGAUGGGAACUUUUUCCCUGGUAGCGGCUCUUCAGAUGAGGUAGGUGCUGGCCAUGGAACUGGGUUCAAUGUUAACAUUGCGUGGACGGGCGGCGUGGAUCCCCCUGUGGGUGACGCUGAGUACCUUGCUGCAUUCAGGAUGGUGGUUAUGCCUGUAGCCAAGGAGUUCUCUCCAGACUUUGUCCUUGUUUCUGCUGGCUUUGACGCAGUUGAGGGUCAUCAGUCUCCACUAGGGGGCUACUCGGUAACAGCCAAAUGCUUUGGACAUCUUACCAAGCAAUUAAUGACUCUGGCUGGCGGCCAAGUGGUCCUGGCAUUAGAGGGAGGUCAUGAUCUGACAGCCAUUUGUGAUGCCUCAGAGGCUUGUGUUUCUGCCCUUCUUGGUAUGGAGCCCACACCUUUUGAUAACAGUGUCCUACAGCAGAGACCCAGUGACAAUGCAAUAGCAACCCUGGAGAGAGUCAUCAAUAUUCAUGGCAAACACUGGAGCUGUCUUAAGAGCUCUACUUUAGGCUUCUCUAUCCUAGAGGCGCAACGCGUAGAACUGGAGGAAGCGGAAGCCGUCAGUGCGCUUGCAUCCUUAUCAGUGGAUACAGACCAGUGCAACUCAGACUCUAACCCUAGACCAUUAGAAGAGCCCAUGGAAGAUGAACCAGUGGCCUGAGUAAUCCGCACAUCCAACCCCCCACACACACCGCAGUCCUUUUUUUAAUUUUCUUUUAUUAGUUUUUGUUAUGGUGAUUGGUUUAUUUUUUCUAUUAAAACCAAGAAACAAAAAAAAAAAAGGAAAAAAAACAAACAAACAAACCACAAGACAAUUAAAUGGGUCAGAUGUCCUGUGUCCCAGCAGCUGAGGCUAGCACACCCACCACCCCUUUUCCUGGGACCCACUCACUCCAACCUGAUCUCCAUCUGUGCUGCUGUCCUGGAUUUUGUCUCACCGCCCCAGUGAAAAGAGUAACCUUUUAUUACUGCCAAAGUGCCAUCUCUCUGUGUCUUAUACAACACUAAAUGGUAUGUAUAUAUGUGUGGGAAAUGUAUACACUAAUGCAUUGCACUUUUUAAAUGGAAUGAUCUAUGGAAGUAACGGCUUUGCGGAAGGCCUUCCGGCUUACCCUACAGGGCAGAAAUGGAUGGGCCCCUGUUGUGGAAUUGAAUUUCUGUGGUCCUGCAUUUAGUUGUGCCUUUCAGAGCACAGGCUGUAGGCAGGAAACAUAAAGGACAAGAUGGUGAUGCUAACACUAUGUACCUGUGUUGCCUAACCUGUGGCCUUCAGUUUAUGGCUAAAGUGCCACAGGCUAAACAGCCCUACUUUAUAUCAGUAAUGGAGUCUUAUUUUCCACUCGCUUAUGCCACAACUAAAGCACAGCUUAACACUUUGAGCUUAAUGUGUCAUCCAACAAUCUGUAUAAUCCAUGGAUGACAUACACAUGAUAGUGUGUUAAAAGGGGGACUAUGUAGACUUCGGUUCAACAUAAGCCCUGCUGAAAGGAUUUAGGUUCUUUGUAUUGCACACUGACCUGAAAAAAAACUCUCAUGAUUCUGAAUUCCCAGUAUGAUUUAAUUAUUUAUAAGCUUGGGCCAUUUAAAUGCCCUUAACCAAUUACUUAAGUUAUAUAUCGAAGGACCCUAAGGGGGGGAAAAAAAGUCGGCCAUGGAACCUUGAGGCCAGCAUAGGCUAAAAGUGCAAGCCGGGCCCAGUAACACCAGCAUAAAAGAUAAGGGAAAAUAAAGCAAAGGAGCAGAUUGAUAUGGUUAUUUAUUAUUUCUAUUAGAGAUAUCAAAA